GAAGACCUAUCACACGGAUCCACUCCGGCGAGAACGUGCGAUUGAAAUUUUGCUUCCCGCAAACCCGAAAUACGUAACACGCGAAGCGCGUUCGUCGUGCGUGAUUUUUUUUCCGGAAAAGUUUUUUUUAGAGAUUUUAUUACUCUUCAAAGACAAGUGUUAAUUCCGAUAGUAAAACCGACGAAAGUUAAGAUCAAUUGAAAGAUUUUAUUGUUACGGUAAUUUUCAUAGUUAUCGCAGCUGAAAAACCGCGUUCGAUUUCAUCUUUUGGAGCGAUUCACCGUAGAUCUUGAACAUUUGAAUCGACAUCGCCGCGAGCGGUUAUCGCGAGUCUCGUCGCGGAAUAAGAGAUCUGUGAAGCGCCGCGCGCUCCGGGAGUGAAAUUGUGGUCGGGAUCGGAUUCCUAUUGGAACGAAAGAGAGGAAGAAGUGUGUGACGUGCUAGUCCAGCAUUUCGAGCGAGACGGCACUAGUGACUAGCGCACCACCACUAUCGCAGCGAGCAAGCCUGAAGUUAGGGAGAGCGAGCGAGAGAACUGCUUCCGAGGGGCUUUUAAUGUAUAUAAAAUAUAAAAUAAACACACAGGAAUACCAUUUUUCCUCCUGUAUUGCUUGUUAUAUGCGAAACUUUUGUAUUGUGUCAUAAACGAACUACUUGUCAUAACGUAAACAACUUCGGACUUCUACGAUCGAAUUUUUAUUAUUAUAAUAUUAAUAACAGUAAAAAUAAAGGAAGCAAGAAAGGAAAAUUCAAAAUAAUAACUAUAAAAAUAAAGCAGUAAUAAAAAUCGACAUUAGUUGGCGAAAAGAUAAAAAAUGAAUAAAAUUAUUUGAUAGAGCUGAUCGCCCGGGGAAGAUUGCCGAAAGCAGAGGAGAAAAAAAAAGGAACAACAAACAGUAAAAUUGUGUUGUGAUUGUUUUCGGUGUCCUUAUUCCGUCUCGUCACGAUUGUCAAAUUUUUUUUCCGGCUACUUCGGGGUUUUACGCUUGGUUCAGUGCUGAGGUCAUCGCAGAUAGUAGGCGACGGCAAUUUUUCAUAGCCUACUAGUGCGCGCUAAUUCGGUUGAUAGGUGUGAUUAGUGCGAUCAUCGUCAUCGUCGGGUGGCCAUUUUGGCUCAUUUAAAGUGCUACUGUGGGCAAUUAAGAGCGUCGCUAAAGUGGCAAGUGAAAAUAAACACGUUGCUUGGCGAAGAAUCGGGUUGAAGAUUGCUGGGGCCAAAAGCAAAGUCCGCAACCCAUUGGCACGUUCAUUGAUUGUGAUAGUCGAUUGAUGGCUCAUUUGUGAUAACAAGUUGGCGGCACACGGUGAUAAGAUUGUUUUGCACAAGAAAAUUGCUUGCCCUCUACUCAUGGUGAUAAGAAUGGGUCUGUUACGGCACUGAUCCGACUCUUCCAGUGAUCGACUGAUCCAACUGUGGACUGAGAAAUUGAAGAUUUUUCCCGUACACACACAGCUAUCACACUUUGUCUCGAUUCUGAGUGACAGUAGGCUUGAUUGUCACAGACCCCGAACUCCGCCGAAGGCAGUCCGUUAACGACCACCGGUUCCGAAGGUAGCCCCAGCACACCUCCCACCAGCAAAAUGUAUCCGUUCGUGUCCAACCACCCGACCACGCACAGCAGCUACUCGACGAUGCCCGGAUUCUCCGGGUUGGACGACAAAUCCUGCAGUCGAUACACCGACAGCGUGAUGAACAGCUAUCCGCCGAUGGGCGUCCCCGGCAGUGCCAGCAUUGCCCAGUUCUACCAGCAGGCGGCCGCCGUGUCGGCCGCUUCCGCCGGGGUCGAUUCGCUCGGAUCGGCCUGCUCCCAGCUCUCGUCGUCGGUGGCCGGCGGCCAGUCCGGGCUCCCGGACAUCACCCGCCAUCCGUGGCUCGUUACCGCAUCACAAUCCGCACUACAGAAGUUUGCCAGCACAGGAAUCUCAUCGCUAGAAAAUUAUUGGAUGAGCAACCCUUUCGAUCGAGUAGUCUGUGGUGAUUUUGCCGGACCCAACGGAUGCCCCCGGAGACGAGGCCGCCAGACGUACACCCGCUUCCAGACCCUGGAGCUCGAAAAGGAGUUCCACUUUAACCACUACCUGACCCGCCGGCGGAGAAUCGAAAUCGCGCACGCCCUCUGCCUCACCGAGCGACAGAUCAAAAUCUGGUUCCAAAAUCGCCGGAUGAAGCUGAAGAAGGAACUGCGAGCCGUAAAGGAAAUCAACGAACAGGCCCGCCGGGAACGGGAAGAACAGGACAAGAUGAAGAACGAUUCGCUGAAAUCCGCCCAGCAGCACCACAGCCAGAAGCAGCACUCGGCAGAGCAGUCGCUGGUGGGUUCGCAGCAAUCGCAAAGCGGAGGUGGAGGCGGAGGCGGAAAUCCGGGAGGACCAGGAGCCGGAACGAACGGAAGCAGCCUCGGAAGCCAUCUGCACCAUCCCUCGAUAGUGGCGUCCCAGAACGAUCUGAAGCUGGGCCUCGGCGGCAUGGGCGUCGGCGUCGGAGGGAAUCUCAGUAUGAUGGGAGGUCUGGAUAAUAAAACCAAUCAGGAUAUACUGAAAGCCCGCAAACCUGAGUACUAGAGACAUCUUCGGUUCCCCACUACAGCCGUUUCUAGAGCGAUCGUAAACUGCAACAGCAAAAACAUCAUAACAAAAAUGAAAACACCGAAAUACGUAAUGAAAACAAAAACAAAACAGAUUAACCAGUACCACGUAACGAUGACGUAAGCAAAAGCGAAAGAGAGAGAGGGAGAGCGAAUCGAGUCGAGCUAUGAGCGAAAGACGAGUGAACGAGAGAACGAGAGAACGAGAGUGCGACGAGGCAGCGACUGACUGAUUGUGUUGAAGCUGUCCGAGAGCGAACGAGAUGGCAACAGAGAAUCAUCCAACAGCCACUGGCAGUGCAGCUUAAGGACAAAAUGGCCGCUGGUAGCUGUCCGUAGCCGGAAGAUCAGAUAAAAUCAGUUAAAAAUUUAACAAAAAAAACAAAAACAGUAAAAGUAAUAACAAAUAUACGUACUAGUGCUAAGGAACCUAUUUUUUCUAUUAGAAUCUUAAACAAAAGAAAAAAAAAACGCAAAACCCGAAGUGCGAUGUUCGCAGAAAUCAGCCACACUGAUUUGAGAAAGAGCGAGAGAAAGAGCGCGAUUGAUAGGAGAUACCGAUGAGCGUAGGAGAGAGCAGUAGGAGUAAAAACAAAAAAAUAACUCCUCCGUUUUUGACUUUCAAGUAACAAAGUAGGCCGGGAGAAUUUUCGCUCAUGUUCAGGAGGAAAAAAAAUGAAAACAAAAUCUUUCAUCCCGACUUUGGAAAGCAAAACAAAAACAAAAUUAACUGUGUUAGGUAAAAUUUAGUUAUGUAAAAUGGUCGUACUCAUUAACUUUAGCGCGCGCGAUUAGUUUUCUUUUUCGAUAAACUAAAAAACGCAACCCAUUUUCGUUCCAACUUUCAACCAACAGUGUAUAGGAUGCGUUAGGGUGGUUCAAGUCGCUGCCUGGAGGUUGCGUUCUUGGCACCUGAGACUGGCUGCGUACUGCAAAGAUGCAGCCGGCGACGAGAAGAAAAUGAAAAACCGUCUCCAGACUGGGUCAAAAUACGUAAUUAAAAGUAUAAAUAAAUCUCAUUAACGUAAAACAACAAAACAAAACAAAAAAGAAGAAAAAAAAACAAGAAUAAUCUGUCCAGUGGUUUAGAGUUAAUAUUAAAAGCUAUAGAUUAGAGAGAACGAAACAAAACAAAAACACAACAACUUCAGACGUGGAAAUCCGAGUUGCAAACUUUGUCUUUUGUUAGUUUUCUCUUUGUAAAAAAAAGCAGAAGAAAGAGAAACAAUUUGUUACUAUUUUAUAUUAACAUUCAGAAACAUUUAGGAAAAAAAACCGAUAACAACAAAUCAUUACAAAUAAUCCCUGAUAAGUUUAGUUAGCCGGAUGAUGAUGAUGAGAUCUUUAAAUAAAUUAAACCGUUUGUAAGAAA